AUUUUCUCCUCAUUACAGUUCAAGCGCUUGCCAAGAUCAGUCCUGACGAGUUUCUCCCGCAGAAAAAAAAAACAAAAAUAGUCCCAAAUCACCUGCCCUCCGCCCGUUUAAAGUGCGCCCAAAGUGUAAUUUCGUGCAUUACGAGUGCUUUGACGAAUUGACCGCGUGCGUGUGUCGCGAUUUCGUGCGUGAAUUUGAGCCAAAAAAAGGCAGCGAAAAUGAUGGAAAAAUAUAAGUCCUCUUUGUACGAGUACAUGUAGCUGUGCGUGUGCUACCCACUGAGAGUGAGUUGAUGUGCGUGUGAGACCUGUGUUGACAAAUAUUCCACACUGGGAAAAAUAAGUAUGCAGAUGUUUAUUAUUAUGACUCAACUUGGCUAGCCAAAAUCGAAGAAGAAGAAGCAGAAGUUUCAGUGAAUGUGAGCAGGGAAUCAGGAAAACCUGAACGAGAAGCACAGUGCGUGAAUAAAGCCCUCUUCCGAUUGAGGAAGUGUGAAGGACUUGACUUGCUGUGUUGUGACUACUUUUGGAAGUGGUGCCCUUAACCAUCGCCCUCAAGGCUUAGAGCAGUGACUUAAAGCGGAACUUUGGACAAACUCUUCAAUCGCGCAGUGAAUUUACUUGCUAGCGGUACCUCCAGUUACCGCCCGUUCCGGAGAUCGACCCUGAUUAAAUGUGCCCCCAGCGAACGCAGAAUUGCAGCAGCCGCCGAAUCGCCAGCACCAAGAUAUUAAAAAAGAGACUCUGUGUUCACCCCGCCACCAUGUUCAGGAUCGCGCGCGUCAACAACAGUCUCAUAAGUCAGCGGUCCCCCAAGAUGGUCAAGUACUCAGCAGUUCCGCAGGUCUUCCCGGCUUUGCCCCAUCACUGUUAAGUCCGCAGAUCUCCGCUGUGUGGAGGGUCGUUCGUGUGCAUCAACCAUCAUCAGAGCACACCAACUAGCUUAGUUUUGUAAGCCAAAACGGCAUCGUUCGAGGGUGUAGAAAAUUGUUCAAAAUAACAUAACAAAUCGUAUAUUAGAAGCUACCUUAACCGUUACGUAAGCGUGCAAAGCAAACCAAACAUCUCUUCGAAACUCACCACACUCAUCGCCCAAAACAACACACUUAAUCGCCCAACGCCCCAAAAUGAAGCUGCUCGAGAGCACCAGCUUCGAGGCGAUCAACAACGCGCUGCACAUCCAAACCAGCGGCGACAGCGCCGUCAUCCACGGCAGAAUCGAGUCGUACUCGUGCAAGAUGGCCGGCAACGACAAGGCGCUGUACAAGCGCUUCACGUCCGAGCAGGCCCCGACCGACCUGCAGGCCCUGUCGCCGCCCCAAACGCUGCAGGAUCUGUCGCCGCAGAUCAUGCGCAGCUCGCUGUCCGGGGACGAGAGCGGCGCGACUCUGUGCGAUACCAUUUCGCGCAAGACGCUGUUCUAUCUGAUCGCGACGCUCAACUCGGCGUUCGAGCCGGACUACGACUUUAGCGAUGCGAAGAGUCACGAGUUCAGCAAGGAACCGUCCCUGCAGUGGGUUCUCAACUCGAUCGAGAGUAACCUGUCGGCCGUGGCCGGAGAUCAGUACCACAAGAUUCGUACCGCGCUGUGGUCCACCAUCGAGGACGAGAUCUCGCUGAACGAUUGCGACAUCUACAGCUACAAUCCGGACCUCAACUCGGACCCGUUCGGCGAGCCGGGCUGUCUGUGGUCGUUCAACUACUUUUUCUACAACAAAAAGUUGAAGCGCAUCGUAUUUUUCACCUGCCGGGCCAUCAACUCGGUUUACGCCGACUCCGGCUUUAGCAGCGAUUUCGCGAUGGAAGAUGACGAGUGUUACUAAAGUGCGAUGAUAGCGGGAGCAGCUACAACUGUAGUUUUUUGAUGAAAACGCAUGAUUUUUUUUUUCAACCGCAAUUUUAAGAAAGAUAGAGCAAUUAAGGCGAAGGGAUUCUAACACACACCUGCAAAGUUUUUUCAAGUGAAGGUUUUUUUUUCUAUAUAUUUUUUUUCUUCGUUUAGAGUUAGAGAGUUGUUUGUUUUCUUUGCGAGGGCGAAAAGCCGGACUUUUUUUUGCUGAAAAUGACACCGAAAGGAAAGGAAAAAGGAAAUACUUAACCACCAUAGGCUAUCAAUGUUUGCUAAAGAAAGCACGAUUAUAAUUAUUACAGAUAUAUAUAUAUAUAUAUAUAAAGAGUAACAAGUAACAAUGGAACAAUUUUGAACAAUUUUUGUAACACACCACACAGCACAGCACCGUUACGUGAAGGCAGGUGAGAGCUGCGGCGUGAGAAUUUACGUAACCGGUGAGUGCGCGAUGCUGGCAAUGUGUAGCCAACUGGAACAGCAAACGGCGCGGGGUGAGGAGCAAACAGUUUUUAGAUGUUUAAGGCAAAUAUAAUUAACGAAAUAAAAAGCAAAGCAUGAUGCAUUGAUGACGGCCAGGAUAUGCACCUCCGGCAAUGCAACGUGUGUGUGAGGUGGUGGGCAAUGACCCUCUUUAUGAAGAAUUAAACGUUGAAAUUGUUUCGAAAUGGAAGGAUGCACACACAUCAUGCACAUGCAAUUUACACAAACAUAUAAAUAUUACAAGGUACAUUACAGAACCGCGCGCGCCCGCGUUUGCGACUGCGAUGGAGCGAAAUUUGGGGCUCAUUCCGGUGUUGUUUUUCACGAAAAAGAAUAAAAAACAAUAAUUGCAAAAAAAAAACAAUCCUCGGAAGUGGUUCCAGAUUUCGUUCCAGCUCGCGGUCACCAGUUGGUGAGAUUGCCCCUGUUUUUGUCUGGCAGAGAGUUGCUUUUCCGAACGUGAAAAGCUUCCCCCCAGUUGGAAUCUUCUGGGCGGAACAUUCACUGGCAAACAUUAACAGUUUAAAAGUACACUCAGUGAGAUAGGGCGGUAGAGAACUUUUCGAUCCCUCCAAAGCGGGGGGAGCCGCACGUGAGAACUAUCUGAUUGACUGUACUCUGUGAUAUUAGCUCGUAGGAAGAAGAGAGAAAACUCGUAGUUUUUAAUCGCAAAGUUUUUAUGCUUCAAAUGGAUGUGAAAUUUUUCUCUAUACUUAUACAAAUUACAGCACAGAUUGCUGUUUUCCCUUACUGAACAAAAUUAUUAACAAAACGUUUCAAUUGCUUUGAUGGAAAACCAAAAGCGAAAAAAACUGCUCAGUUGAUCUUGGGUGAACCGGAAAACUCGAAAGAUGGCGAUGGCACCGCACAACUCAUUUUAAACAUCAUCAUUAGCGAUUUCUGAAGUACAAAUUACAUAUUGUGAUAGGUAGCUUUAGGAGUAACAUUUGCGGGAGUCAUUCGCGAAAAGGAUUAAGGUUUGGCUCAGCUGGAAAGAUUGCUAGAACCGUCCGGUUCACCGUUUAGUAAAAGUUUGAAAUUUAAAGCUAUACCUUUUUUAAAUAUUUUUUUCCAAGCUAAAAUAAUUAUGAAUUUAAAUUUAUCGAAAUAUGUCAGCUCAUCACGAACGAAAAAUAAACUGUCAAUCGAGUAAAUUUCAACUAAACCCCUAACUCUUACGAUAAACUAACAGCUAUAGUAAAAGCAAUAGAAAUCCCGAAAAAAAAGCGAACGGAAAUUCCCCAAGAAAAAAAAAAAACAUGCAAAAGGCACAUCAUUAGACAGACCGAAAGCGUUGUCCCAAAUCGAUUCCAACCAACGUGCGUCACGUGCCGAAAAACAAAAACCCCCCGGUUGCGAGAUAGUGUUAGUUUUGCUAUGCUUUUCGAUAAAUAGGGCAACAAGCGGUUAUUUCGACAAAGGGUGCAAACUUGACGAUGUCCCAGAUUAACUACCCUCGGUGGAGAUGCCCUAAAUUUCGAUAAAUUUCCUAUCCAAGAACUGAAUACGUCCAAAUUGGGUGAGCUGCAUAGAUAGCAUCGCUAUUGUUAGUUCUGCUGUGCUUUCCGUCGCCGCAAAAGGACUAGUUGACUAGUGGUUGUUUCGACUUUAGGGCAUCUCCACCUUGAGUAGUUAUUUAUGCUUCAAACUGAAGAAAUCGGUGGCAAUUUUUGCUACCAACCUGAAAGAGUUGUAUUAUUAACGCUUAGCAAAAUAAAAUCCUAAACGCAUCGAAGCAACCUUAAAUCACGACUAACUACCCUCGGUGGAGAUGCCCUCAAAGUCGAUAAAUUUCCCAACCAAACUCCAAAUAGGCCCAAAUUAGGGUGCUCCGCAUAGAUAGCAGCGCUCUAACCCCUUAAGCUGCGGCGGCGAACAGAAAGUGAGAAACGUUUCAGAUAAAACGCAACAAAAAAUAAAUAAAACUGAAUGUCGACAGCCUUCCGCGCGGUGCAACCCGCCCCGAUUGCUUUAUCGAUAUCUCGUGCAACGCGGCCGGCACACGCCGAUCGACCGACCGGCGUCCAAUUUCACUUUCCGUUUCUCUCUCCGUCUGUUUGUGUGUGUGUUUUUGGUCAGCUUGAUUGACGUGAAAGCAAGGUAAAAGGCAUAAUGAAUAUUUGGUAUAAAAAUGCGAAAAAAAAAUGUUUUCUUUAAAUUACUUUUGCUUGUUUCAAAUUUUGAUUUGAUACACAUUUUAAAAAUUUCGAAACAAACAGCUAUUUUGUGAAAUAUUCAUCAUGCUAAAUAAAAAAAAGAUGAAAAAUUUUAACAGCAAAAAACCUGAUCUCAUUCAACAAGUUGCAAGUUAUGUUCAAGCGUGAUUCCUUUGUUUCUCGAAAUAACCCAACUUAUUGACAUACCGGCAGAAGGUUCCAGUUGCAUUCGUCACGUUCAAUUUGACCAGCGAUUAAGGUGAAGCUGACACACCAAGCACCGUCGUGGUUGUUGUGUACGGUUGAGAAUGCCCGUGUGGACGCGCCGAGAUAAGCAAAAUGUCCAACUGAUAAGCACCAGUUGUAUGCUGGUUUCGGAAAAGGCGCCAAAGUAGCAAGUGACCGGUAGGUCGGUUUGUAACUCAUUCGAAUUUAUCUUUGACCGUCGAAUUUAGGGACUUCCGGUCAAGUUGCGGGGAUGGCGUUUUCGGCAAGCGAUUGGUCUGUCUUAGAUGUGUUUGUGGCUGUUUUGUUUUGAAAACUAUUUUUUAUUAUUUUUAUUUAAUUUUAAGCAAGUUAGAAGUUUACUCUUUCUUGAAGUAUAGUUCUCUGUUUAAACUUGCAAUGAUUAUCAUGACCUAUGAAUUAAAGAAAAUCAGUGAGUUAUACUUCAAGGAAGCAUAACUACGCCCACUAACAUUGAAGUUGUUCUGAACUGACUGUACUCAACUCAACUGUGGAGUGGACUUGAACUUAUUUCUUUUUUUUCAUAAAGUUGAUUGCAAACAAUGUAAUAAGCAAAUAAAAAUAACAUUAUUCGACUUAAACAAGAGUAUGUUAAAUGCAAAAAAAAAAAUACAUAUGAUGUUGUUUCAAUGAAUAACAAAUUCUCUGUAGUAGAAAUAAUAUCUUGUAGAAACGUAAGAAAUUACAUAUAUUACAUUAUCAACUACCUUAAAACCAAUAAAAACUGCUAAAAAAGCA